CAUAGAGAACUCAGCCAGCGUCGCCAGACCUAGUACUAAGACAGUUAAAUGCCAAAGAAAGUCCAACCAGUACCAGACUAAGUGCCAAGAACAUUCCGUCCAAGAGUAAAAACUCAGGAAAUCAACGACAUUUACAAAAAGCGUUGCAGAAAGAGUGAAGAGGCAGACGAAAUCCAGCAACACGAGGAAAGAUGAUUCGGGAGAAGAAAGUGAAGACCAAGACGAGAACAGUGAAGAAGAGGAGGAGGAGGAGGAAGAAGAAAAUGAGGAGGAUGAGGGGAAGGAAACAGACGUGGAGCAAGAAAAGAAAGAUGAAGAUGAUGAAGAUGAUGAAGAAAAUGAAGAAGAAGAAGAAGAAGAAAUUAAACCAUUAAGACCAAAACGAAACGGGAUGAGAAGAAACGUUGCUACAAGAAAUUCUGGUUCUAACUGGAGCAACGGUCACAUGAAGCGGUACUCCAAAAGAAAUCAACCAGUAGUAAGCGACAACGAAGAAGAUGAAAAUGAGGAGGAAGAGGGUUCGGACAGCGAAAAUGGCAGCGAGAAGAACUCCGACUCGAGCAACGAUUCGUUCUCAGCCACCGAAGACGUCUCAACCUCAGACAAUAGCUCCGAUGAGAAGUCGAGGGAUAGUGACACGGACAAUAACAUGUCAGACGAUGCGCGUAACCAUCGAACGCGGUCUGACCGAUCAAGAGCGAGGUCCACAUCAAAGCGGAAGAACAGGAGGAGUACAACAAGUCCGGAGGCGAUAAGUCGAAGAUCUAACCGAGUAAACACGAGAACGAGAGGACGCUUCAACUCCAGUGAUUCUGAAACGGAGACUGUCGCGGUGACGAGCUCGAGCCGCAAGCCUAAGACUCGUAAUCAGGGAAAGCAGACUGUGAUUUAUAGGGACCUGGACGAGGAGAGCGAGAAUCAGUCGUACGACAGCGAGGAGGUCUCAGACGAUGCGGAGGAGGAUGUCGCGAAGACGGUGUCCAGUCGAGGGAGAGUGCGACGGUUGACUCAACGAGCGAGAUUAAGCAUUAUGGGAGAAUAGAUCUUCAAUCCACACCAAAACAGAACGCUUUGAUAAUAACCGUCACCCUCUGCGUCACUUCUCACUCCUUCCCGCCCUCACUCAAAUGCAGGCCUGUAUGCUUCGCUUUUGAAAGGGCACCAAGGCAUUUUCACCUUGGUAAAGGGCGCCCUUUGAGG